UACGUUACCGGCAUUUCAGCAUCACUGCCGGCCGGCCUCAAAGUCGACCGAAGAGCUACACUGUAGGAAAUUUAUCUUUUUUAUUUUAUUUAUACACAUUGUUUACAAUAUGCCAGGAUAUUCCGACAGAGACCGUGGUAGAGACCGAGAUAGAGACAGAGGCUAUGGCGGCGGUCCUCCUCGCUUUGGUGGAAAUCGUGGUGGUGGCGGAGGAGGAGGGAAGUUUGGAAAUCCCGGCGAUCGUCUGCGGAAGAAACACUGGAACCUGGACGAGCUCCCAAAGUUUGAGAAGAACUUUUAUCAGCAGCAUCCCGAUGUGGCUCGGAAGUCUAUGCAAGAAGUUGAACAGUAUAGAAGAGCCAAAACGAUUACACUGAAGGGGAGAGAGUGUCCAAACCCCAUCACAAAGUUCCAUGAAGCAACAUUUCCAUCCUAUGUGAUGGAUGUAAUCACCAAACAGAACUGGACUGAACCAACACCCAUCCAGGCCCAGGGCUGGCCUCUGGCGCUCAGUGGCAAGGAUAUGGUCGGCAUUGCGCAGACAGGUUCUGGCAAAACUCUCUCUUAUCUCUUGCCUGCUAUUGUUCACAUCAACCACCAGCCUUUCCUGGAGCGUGGAGAUGGACCUAUUUGCUUGGUGCUGGCCCCAACCCGUGAGCUGGCACAACAGGUGCAGCAGGUGGCUGCAGAAUAUGGCAGAGCUUCUCGCCUUAAGUCUACCUGCAUUUAUGGAGGUGCACCAAAGGGACCUCAGAUCCGUGACUUGGAGAGAGGUGUUGAGAUCUGCAUUGCAACUCCAGGGAGGCUCAUUGAUUUCCUGGAGUCAGGAAAGACAAACCUCCGACGUUGCACAUACCUUGUGCUAGAUGAGGCCGACAGAAUGCUGGACAUGGGCUUUGAACCACAGAUCCGGAAAAUUGUUGACCAAAUCAGACCUGACCGCCAGACCCUGAUGUGGAGUGCCACUUGGCCAAAGGAAGUUCGUCAGUUGGCAGAAGACUUCCUUAAGGACUACGUUCAGAUCAAUAUAGGGGCACUGCAGCUGAGUGCCAACCACAACAUCCUGCAGAUAGUUGAUGUCUGUAAUGAUGGAGAGAAGGAGAAUAAAUUGAUUCGUCUUCUUGAGGAAAUCAUGAGUGAAAAGGAGAACAAGACCAUCAUAUUUGUUGAGACAAAGCGGCGAUGCGAUGACCUGACCAGGAGAAUGAGAAGGGACGGAUGGCCUGCUAUGGGAAUCCAUGGAGAUAAAAGCCAGCAGGAGAGAGACUGGGUUCUCAAUGAGUUCAAAUUUGGGAAGGCUCCUAUCCUCAUUGCUACAGAUGUUGCCUCCAGGGGUCUAGAUGUUGAAGACGUCAAAUUUGUCAUCAACUUUGACUACCCCAACAACUCUGAGGACUAUAUCCACCGCAUUGGCAGAACAGCACGUAGCCAAAAGACAGGCACUGCUUAUACCUUCUUCACCCCGAACAACAUGAGGCAGGCCAGUGACCUCAUCUCUGUGCUUCGAGAGGCCAACCAGGCCAUCAACCCCAAGCUCCUCCAGAUGGCAGAAGACAGAGGAGGUCGUUCAAGGGGAGGGAGAGGUGGCGACUACAGAGAUGACCGUCGGGAUAGGUAUUCUGGCAGGCGUGAUUUCGGUAGUUUUAGGGACAGGGAUAAUGGUAGGGGGUUUGACAAUGGACCAAGUAAAAACUUUGGCACAAGUUCACAAAAUGGAGGGUAUGGGGCCAACAAUGGCUACAGUGGGGGCAGCUACAAUGGGAAUGGACAGGCCAACUUCAGUAGUAACCAAACGGGAUCCUUCGGAGGUCAGAACAACUUCCAAGCUUCGCAGUUUGGCGCCAGUAAAGGUGCUACUCAAAACGGUGCGAGUCACCCGCCAUUCUCCUUCCCCCAGGCACAGGCUCCGCAGCAGCACCCUCCACCACUGGUGCCCUACGCCAUGCCCCCUCAGUUCACUCAGUAAUCUCAUACACAUUUGAAAGAAGUAAUUUAUUGCUUUUUUUGUCUCAUUUAAGUUAAUCCAGUAAAUUUGGUUUUUUUGUAUUUACAACAGGGUUACAACUUGAAACCUCUUAUCAAGAUCUGCAGUGCAGCAAUAGUGAUGUUGCACACUUCUUUUCCUAUUUUCUAUUUAAUUUGUUACAUUCCUCAGUAAUGUUUUAGUUAUGUUUUGUACUAGCUAAUUACAGAUGUAUUGGAUUUUCAUAUGUAAAGUGAUGUUAAAUUCCUAACUUGGAAGUGCACUGCAUGAUCUUUGAAAUAAAACAAAAAACUACCACAA